AUGGGAAACACAACUUCUAAUCAUCCUUAAAUCACAGAAGUCCUAACAGAAUAUCCUUUUUAACAUAAAAAUUGUCGUAUAGCCUCUCAUUCUUCAUAAAGAAAAAUAUUAAAAGCUGCUUCAAAACAAAAUGAAUUACCACAUAAAAGUAAUCGUAGAUUUGCUCCAAAUAUUGUCAAAUCCUUAGAGUUUAAGAGUGAAGGCAAUCAUUAUAUAAAAAUCAAACAAUAUAAAAAAGCUAUUGAAUCAUACACAAAAGCAAUUGUAAGUUGUACUAUCUAAACUAGAAUCUAUAUAAUCAUGAUUCUAUCUACUUCUCAAAUCGUUCAGUAGCUAAUAAGCUUCUUAAUAGAUUCUAGGAAGCCAAACAAGAUGCUUUAUAAGCUAUUUUAAUAGAUUAGUACAAUUCAAGAGCACAUUUUCUUUAUGGAACUGUGAUUUUGAUUGAAGUCCAAAUGUUUCCUGACAUUAGUGAAGCUCUCAUUAAAUAAGCAUAAUUGGGAAUCGAAGAACUUGAAAAAGGUAGCAUAAUCUUUAUAUUUAUAGCUUUUGAAUAGGUUAAAUAAAAUAAAAAUGAAUAAAAAAAUAAAUUAAAGGUCUUGAUUAAUUAAAAUUUGGCUAAAGGAAAAAGAAUGAUAUAUUUGAUAAGAUAAGAAAUAGAUAAAAGAAGUACUCAUUUUUUAAUAACAUAUAAUUAGAUAUCCUAUCUCUAAAAUAAACUCUAACGGAUAUUGCACAUAGAUAGCAUCAUCACUUAGAUUGGAAUUAAAUUGAUUAGAUAAUCCAUAAGAAAAUUGAAAUUAUUUUACCAGAAUGCUUUGUUUGUCCAAUUACUUAUGAAAUUAUGAAUGAACCAACACUAAUCAAUUCAGGAUUAACAUAUGAUAAACAUAGUAUUUAAUAACAGUUUAAAUUAAAUGGCUAUUUUGAUCCUAUGACUAGAGAGAAUAUAGAUCCUUUGGGUUUGAUAUAGAAUAUCUAAUUAUAAUAAGGAAUCUAAUAAAUCUAAUAGUAAUAUGGAUGGGUUGGGAUAGAAAACGAAAAAGAUUACAAGGCAAUUAAAUUUGAAUGA